AUGGAUGCAAUACCCCGUUGUCUCGUGAUUAUAGUCCUGUUCUUUGGAACGAGGAUUCAUGAAACUGAAGCCUUGCAAUGCUACUGUCACCGCUGCACAAACUCCUCCUGCACGACGGAUGGACUCUGUUACGUAUCCGUCACCAGGUCCGGGAGCAAGAUCACCACGCAGCAGAGCUGGUGCAUCGCCGAAACCGAGCUCAUCCCACGCGAUCGGCCCUUCGUCUGUGCGCCAUCCACCAAGGACGACACGGGAAUCUACCCCAUGUGCUGUAACACGGACUGGUGUAACAAAAACCCGGACCCCAGCGUGUUUCCAGUCCCUACAGUAAAGACCCCUUCCCUGGGUCCUGUGGCCCUGGCGGCAGUGAUAGCGGGGCCAGUGUGUGUGCUCUGCUUCGUGCUGGUUAUGGUUUUCUACAUCUGCCACAGCCGAUCAGUAAUCCACCACCGUGUGCCUAAUGAGGAGGACCCCUCCAUGGACCAUCCCUUCAUCACCGUGGGAACCACGCUCAAAGACCUCAUCUACGACAUGACCACGUCGGGCUCUGGCUCAGGUCUGCCUUUGCUAGUGCAGAGAACCAUAGCCAGAACCAUAAUCCUUCAGGAGAGCAUUGGGAAAGGUCGAUUUGGAGAAGUGUGGAGAGGGAAAUGGAGAGGAGAGGAGGUCGCCGUGAAGAUUUUCUCCUCCCGAGAAGAACGCUCCUGGUUCCGUGAGGCUGAGAUUUACCAGACGGUCAUGCUUCGGCACGAGAACAUCCUGGGAUUCAUCGCUGCCGACAACAAAGACAACGGGACGUGGACACAACUGUGGCUGGUGUCAGACUACCAUGAACACGGUUCUCUGUUUGAUUACCUGAACAGGUACACAGUCACAGUCGAGGGCAUGAUCAAGCUCUCUCUGUCCACUGCCAGCGGCCUGGCCCACCUGCACAUGGAGAUUGUCGGGACGCAAGGUAAACCGGCCAUUGCUCACAGGGAUCUAAAAUCUAAGAACAUUCUGGUGAAGAAGAAUGGAACAUGCUGCAUUGCCGACCUGGGCUUGGCCGUGCGCCACGACUCUGCCACAGACACCAUCGAUAUCGCUCCCAACCACAGAGUGGGCACCAAAAGGUAUAUGGCCCCAGAAGUCCUUGAUGAUUCAAUAAACAUGAAACAUUUUGAGUCAUUCAAGAGAGCAGACAUCUAUGCCAUGGGUCUGGUGUUCUGGGAAAUUGCAAGCAGAUGUUCAAUCGGAGGCAUCCAUGAAGAUUACCAGCUGCCGUAUUAUGACUUGGUGCAGUCUGACCCGUCUGUGGAGGAGAUGAGGAAAGUGGUCUGUGAGCAGAAGCUGCGGCCCAACAUCCCAAACAGAUGGCAGAGCUGUGAGGCUCUGCGAGUAAUGGCCAAGAUCAUGAGGGAGUGCUGGUAUGCUAACGGGGCGGCCCGUCUCACGGCCCUGCGCAUUAAGAAGACGCUGUCCCAGCUCAGUCAACAGGAGGGCAUCAAAAUGUAGGCUUCAAGCCUGGACGGAGAGGGAGUUCACACAGCAUCUUAUCUUUUCAACUACGAUUGAAUAUUGUCAUUGUUAUUAUUCCUAUAACUACUAUUGCGCUAAUUAUUGCAUUUCAACACUCUGUCCUCUGGGUUUGAGAGAGGACAAGAGCGGUAAGGAUGAAGGUUUGAUGGCUUUUUUUUUUUUUCUUUGACCACGGCUGAGGUUCGCGAAAGAUGGACUCCUUUGAGAUGGCGCCACUUUCAACCUCACACCUAUUGUGCCCACACCCCCUG